AUGCUUCGCCCGCUACACCGCCUCCACAUCUCCACAGCCCUCCGCCUUUCCCGAAAUCUUCGCCCACUUUCUACGACCCCAAACCUUCAAAAGCCCUAUUCCUACCCAUCCUCCGAAGCGAAAACCCAACCUACGCCUCAACCCUGCUCUCUGCGCUUCACCCUCUCAGCCGACUCCUUCUCCACGUCCUCAUCACCCCCAGAAGAACCCCCUACAGAUGCGGGCUCCUCUAAUCCCCCCACCACAUCCCCGGAGCUCCUCACCGUCACUCCAGAUGAUAGCGAUCCCUUAUCCUACGGCGGCCCAGAAAUCUCCGCAGACCUCACCCCGCAACGCAUUGUCUCUGAGCUUGAUCGCCACAUUGUCGGCCAGCAGCCUGCUAAAAAGGCCCUGGCUAUCGCCUUGCGAAAUCGAUGGCGCCGUCUACGUCUCUCUCAGGAGCUGCGAGAGGAGGUCCUGCCAAAAUGCUGUCUGCUCAUAGGCUCUUCCGGCGUCGGUAAGACGGAGCUGGCGAGGCGCUUAUCCAAACUUGUGGAUUCCCCUUUUAUCAAGGUUGAAGCCACAAAGUUCACAGAGGUUGGCUUUCACGGUAGGGAUGUGGAGCAGAUUGUGCGCGACUUAUUGGAGAAUGCUAUCACACUGGCUAGGAAUAGACAGAGAAGGGUUAUGGCCAGCCGCAUUGCGACCACUGUUGAAGAGAGGAUUUUAGAUGAAUUGAUGGGCAAGGCUUCUCCGGGCUCGAAUAAGAAUCGCGAUCAAUUCCGCCAUCUACUCAGACAGGGUGCUCUUGAUCAUCAGGUCAUCGACGUCGACCAGCCUGUGCGUCGCACAGCCCCGUCGCUUGUACAAGUAGAUAUGGCACCGGAGCGAAUGACUGAUGUCUUUGACAAGCUAUUCACGGUGAGGCAGAGUGGGUCGCGGAAGAGGCGAGUCAAAAUUAGCGAUGCGAGAGCGCUAAUUGAGGAAGCGGAAUCUGAGAAGCUUCUCAGUGACGAAGCAGUAGUCAAGGAAGCUAUUGAAGCGACGGAGAAUGCGGGCAUCGUUGUCAUUGAUGAGAUUGACAAGAUCGCCGUUCCAGUGGGCCAAAGACAUGGCGCUGAUGCAUCUAGUCAAGGAGUACAAAGGGAUCUCCUUCCUCUCAUCGAAGGCACAACAGUUUCUACAAAGCAUGGUAACGUUGAAACGGAUCACAUCCUCUUCAUAGCUGCUGGUGCGUUUACGCAAUGCAAGCCGUCGGACCUCAUGGCAGAGCUCGUCGGUCGAUUACCAAUCCGAGUUGAGCUGAAGCCUCUUUCCACGGGGGAUCUGCGCAAAAUUUUGACCGUGCCCGAAAACAACCUUAUUAGGCAGCAGCGUGAGCUCAUGGCCACAGAAGGGGUGACUCUGGAGUUUACGCAGGCUGCCAUCACUGAAGUUGCGAACAUUGCUGCCGAAAUCAACCAUACCGUUGAAGAUAUCGGGGCUAGAAGACUACAUGCUGUUAUUGAAAGGAUUGUACAGGAUAUCUCAUUCACAGCUCCAGAGCUAAAAGGGCAGACUGUUACCGUCGACGCAGUUCAAGUACAAGACGCUCUUGGUGACCUUUUGGUAAAGUCAGACCUUUCGCGUUUCAUUCUGUGAAACGGAUUGUUGAGUUUGUUAUUAAAUGAACGCCAUUGCUGAUGGGAUUGGCGAGCGGUUCCAAAAUGUAAAAA